CCGUUGAGUAAGGUUGCCAAACAAAACGCUGCUUCUAGAUUUUAUCUAAGUCCCAUAUUCUCCCAGAUCCGCCACCACUUGCGCAGCUUCAACCAACCACCACUCACUUUAGCCCAACGCCAAUUAGCCAAUUUAGCUUACCGCGUCUAAAAUACGCUCGUCUCCAAUCCUACGCACCAAUUCCUAUAUAAGUGCUUGUCAAAACUUUGUCGCUCCAGUUUUUAUCCUCUCUUGCUGCCUUCGUUUCUCGCGUAAAGUCCGGUCAAGAGACUACAGAGGUAAAAUCAGUUCUCUUGACUUUUCUUUCGAGUCCAAAUUCCUCUCCAAGUAUUCGGAGAUUCAGCUCGUUUUUUGUUGAAAUUUGGGGCGAGGUUCCUUCAAACGUAGUCGUGCAUACGGAAAUUGAUAUUCUUUAGGUACAACAUGCAACAGUCAGAUAGCAUGGUUAAAGUGUCUGUCAUAUGGAGGGGGAACAAAUACAUUAUACAAAUGAGUUGUGGCGCAUCUCUCAAGGAGUUAGGGGAUGAAUUGCAGAACUUAACUGAUGUCAAGGCAGAGACAAUGCGGCUUAUUGUCCCUAACUUGUCCAAUAAAGGGUCAAAAUUGCUUUCUCCUUUCUCUGAUGAACACUCAUGCUUAAGCUUGCAAGAGGCUUUAAUUCCUGAGGGAAAGGCUAUCAGAAUGAUGGGAGUGUCUGAAGAUGAAGUUGAUAAGGUUCUGCAAGAUGCUAAGACAGACCUCAGGAUAGCUGGAUUUGAUGAAGAGGAAAGGAGACUGAAGCAAAGAAUGUCAUAUAGGUCCCAUGCUACACAAAAACUUCCACAAGGGCCUUAUACUUUUUGUGAUUUUCGCACGCUUCAAGUUCCUGGAGUAGAGUUGCACCCUCCUGCCUCAGAAGCUUUGAAAAGAAUGCACAUGCUUGCUGCAGAUCAUGGUAUUGUUGCUAUAAUGAACAAGUAUCGCUGGCGUGUAGGAAUUAUGACUGAGAUGGCUCCAGUUGGUUACGUUGGUGUUUCUCCCAAAUGCAUUCUUGGUUUCAACAAGAAUCACGGGGAGGAGAUAUCUCUGCGCCUUCGGACAGAUGAUCUCAAGGGUUUCAGGAAAUAUGAAAGCAUCAAAAAAACUUUGUUACAUGAACUUGCUCACAUGGUGUACUCUGAACAUGAUGAAAACUUCUAUGCACUGGAUAAACAGUUAAAUCAAGAAGCCAAUAGCUUAGAUUGGACUAGAACAAUGGGUCACACAUUAAGUGGGUUUCGGCAUUCAGUACAAAAUGAAGAUGACAGUUAUUUUGAAAGCAGUCAAAAUUCUUCUCAAAGGCUUGGAGGAAGUAAAGAGGACCAAUUGAAAAAUGCUCGUGAAUCAUCAGUUGCAGCUGCUUAUCAUCGUCUGGCAUAUACCAUUGCCAACAAUGUUGAAGUUAUGGAAGUACAUGAAGAACCUGAUCCUGAUGAUUCUGGGUUAAAUAUUUGUGGUAAACCGAGUGAUAUAAAUACUACAAAAGAUAAAGUUGCUAAUAGUAAGCUACAAUCAAGAGCUGAUCAAGAGCCAGAUCCUGAUGACAACAGUGAAAACAAGUUGGAACCUGAUCCUGAUGAUUUUGAGCGUGCUGACAUUUUGGAACCUGAUCCUGACGAUUCAGGAGUUUCUUCAAAUUCUAAUAAUGUGUCCAGACCCGAACAGAAUUUUGAAGGAAUGGAGAUCCUAGACAACCAUAAUCAAGGAAAUGGGGCCCUUGAUGAACCUGAUCCAGAUGAUGCAGAAGCCGCGGGAUAUAAUCUAGCAGAUGGAAAUAUAAAAAGACUUGAUGACGGGCACUUGACAAUAGUUAAGACCAUGGAGGAUCAAGCUUGUUUGCUGAAGGCUCAUCAAGAACCAGAUCCAAGUGAAUCUCAGGGGAAUGGACAGGUAGAAACUGAUCCACAUGAUACUUCAGCAGAUCUGCAGGACAUACCUGACAUGAGAAUUGAUGAACCGGAUCCAGAUGAUGAUGAAUUACAAAGAAUUCAAGACUCAGUUACUGCUGUCUGUAGUCGUCUGCAGAAUGCUAUUAAGAUGCUGCAAAAUGAAGUUAAUCCCAAAGAAACUUCUACGGUACUACAAACUUUAUUCAAGAUAAUUAGGAACGUUAUUGAACACCCAGACGAGCUGAAAUUCAAGAGAUUGAGGAAGGCCAAUCCUAUAAUUCAGAGGAACAUUGUCGGCUAUAAAGCGGCAAUGGAAAUUCUUGUUCUGAUUGGUUUUAUUGAAGACGUGAUUUUGGAUGACGUUGGACGUACAGAAACUUAUCUGGUAUUGAAGCGGAAUGAUCCAGGUUUAUUGUGGCUGGCCAAAUCCUCCCUCGAGUCCUGUCUUGCUCACUAGUCACAGGAGUACCAGUGUAUGCAAAAUCUCAAUUGGUUAUUUGCAUUGUAUAAUACCUAGAUUAUGUCAACAAGAAUAUACGUCUGAUCAUCUUGUUAUGAUGGUUGAUGCAACUAAGGACCAGCGAGGUUCUGUUCUAUGUACAUCUAAAUGCAGUGUUUAUGUACGUCUAAAUGCAGUGUUUUAAGUCAUAUGUCUGAUAUUAUAACACUUCAAGCAAACUUCUUGUUGAUGCAACACAAGGAACUACGUGGUUCUGUUCUAUGUCCA